AUUCAAGCGUGGGCCCGCCCACUCAAGUGUGGUUCCGCCCCGGCCCGGCUCUAUUCCCGCGGCCUACGUCAGUCCCGCCAGGUCCGGGUCGGCGUCUGGCAUUUGCACGGUGGAUGAGACCGGUGCAACUCAUGAAGGUGUUCGUCACCCGCAGGAUCCCUCCGGAAGGCAGGGCCGUGCUUGCCCGGGCCGCAGACUGUGAGGUGGAACAGUGGGACUCAGAUGAGCCCAUCCCCAACGAGGGGCUGGAGCGAGGGGUGGCGGGGGCCCACGGCCUGCUCUGCCUCCUCUCCGACCGCGUGGACAAGAGGCUCCUGGAUGUCGCAGGGGCCAAUCUUAAAGUCAUCAGCACCCUGUCCGUGGGCGUUGACCACUUGGCUUUGGAUGAAAUCAAGAAGCGUGGGAUCCGAGUGGGCUACACCCCAGAUGUCCUGACAGAUGCCACUGCCGAACUUGCAGUCUCCCUGCUUCUUAGCACCUGCCGCCGGUUGCCAGAGGCCAUUGAAGAAGUAAAGAAUGGUGGCUGGACCUCAUGGAAGCCCCUCUGGCUGUGUGGCUAUGGGCUCACACACAGCACUGUCGGCAUCAUCGGGCUGGGGCGAAUAGGCCAGGCCAUUGCUCGGCGUCUGAAACCAUUUGGCGUCCAGAGAUUUCUGUACACAGGGCGCCAGCCCAGGCCUGAGGAUGCAGCGGAAUUCCAGGCGGAGUUUGUGUCUACCCCCGAGCUGGCUGCCCAGUCUGAUUUCAUCGUCGUGGCUUGCUCCCUAACUCCAGCAACCAAGGGACUCUGCAACAAGGACUUCUUCCAGAAGAUGAAGGAAACAGCUGUGUUUGUCAACAUUAGCAGGGGUGAGGUCGUAAACCAGGAUGACCUGUACCAGGCCUUGGCCAGUGGUCAGAUUGCAGCUGCUGGACUGGAUGUGACGACCCCAGAACCACUGCCUACAAACCACCCUCUCCUAACCCUGAAGAACUGUGUGAUCCUGCCCCACAUUGGCAGUGCCACCCACAGAACCCGUAACACCAUGUCCUUGUUGGCAGCUAACAACUUGCUGGCUGGCCUGAGAGGGGAGCCGAUGCCCAGCGAACUCAAGCUGUAGCCAAACACAGUAGAGAUGGAGGGCUGGGAGGCAAACCGUGCUCUGGUAUUCUGUCAGACACACUCAGGCUUGAUUUGAACCCACAGAGCCAAGGGAAAGUCCAAUUCUCCAAGGAAAGAAUGGUGCUGAGAGAUUACUUGUCACAUUUGUGGUUGGACACACUGGAGCCAAAAGUAUGUAAUUAAUUCUAUUAUUAAAUAAUCCUCUGAGA